CUAACACCUCCCGGCUUCACUCCGGUUCUUCCGGUGCUCGCCCGUGCACGUUUCGCUUUCGUUUCAGCGGGGUCCACGUUUCGUGUCGUAAGACUUAAAGAAUGCGUUACGUGGCCGCUUACAUGCUGGCUGUUCUGGGGGGCAAAGCCUCGCCAAGCCAGAAUGACAUUGAAAAGAUCUUGUCGUCGGUGGGGAUCGAGGCCGACGUUGAGAAGCUGAAGAAGGUCAUCACCGAACUGAACGGGAAGUCGAUUGACGAACUCAUUACCAAGGGUAGAGAGAAACUGUCAUCCAUGCCGGUUGGAGGAGCGGUCGCGGCUGGCGCUCCUGCGGCUCCUGCCGGUGGUGCGGCAGCUCCUGUCGAGGAGAAGAAAGAGGAGAAGAAGCCGGCAAAGGAGGAGUCCGAAUCAGAGGACGAUGACAUGGGCUUCGGCUUGUUCGACUGAAGACGCUGCUGUUACGAUUUUUAUCUUGUCGAAACGAGACGCGCUGCAUUCUGCGGCAGUGGUUUCCAACUUGUACAAGUCGUAGACUCUGGCUGACGCUACUGCUGACGAAUAAAGCGUAUUUUAAUUCGA